AGCUGGGCUGUUUUAGAAUGACUUGUUUUAGUUACCGGCAGAAACAGAAAUGGCUGCAGUGGAAUUAAGAAGAAACAUUCGACCCGUAUGGAAUAAAAAGGAUCAGGAUCUGGACAGACAGAAGAAAAAUCAGUUUACUGAACGAGAUGCCUGGUGGUUACACUCACUUAGGGAAACCCCCCAUCCCGGCGCUUAUGACCUUCGUGACUUCCUACAAGAUGCAAAGCUUAACCCUGUGCAGGCGUCUUACAGCUUCAAAGGAGAAGGACGUAAAAAGCCUCUGAACCUGCCCGGGGCUGGAGAAGUUCUGUUGCCAGGCUGCUACAAGUUUCCUGAAUUCGGUGAUCUGGUGGAGAAGAUCCCACUUACCUAUGCAUUUCGGAACACCCCUAGAAAUGCUGUACAACUAGGGGUUAGAGAUAAGGACCUGAACACAGAUCCCGGUCAGUGUGAUCUCAGCGCACGCCCUGUGGAUAUUUACCCUUGCAAGCACUUCAUGUUUCGUUCCGUGGUUCAGAGAUUCCCAACCAUCUACUUUAUUCCAAAACAAGGACCUGGACCAGGAGACUAUAAUCUGAAAAGCGUCCCUUCUCAGAGUAUUUCAUCAAGUUUCAAAUCAAGCGUUCCCAGGUUCCGUUCAUCUAUUAAUAAAAAUCCUGGACCCGGAACAUAUGAUCCAACCAGACAUCUACCGAAACAACCACCCACGCUUGCCAAAAUGGGUCGCAUGCACGGCCUCUUCUUCCGUAAUUCAUUUGACUUUUGAAUUGUGAAUCACGGGAGAUAAUUAGGGUUCUGCUUCUGUCUGUAAAGUUCUCGUUCUGAAAGACGACAGCACUAGGAAUAUACCAGUCAGCGUCAUGAGUACAGCUAUUAUCUAACGACUAAUUCAUGCUUAUUCAGUAAGGCAUAGAGCAAUGGCAGUCACCCAGAGAGAUAGUCAACCUAUUGCAACUAGAGAUGAGCGGUUCCAUUUGUGUGACUGACAACAAAUUCAGACACUGCUCUGAUCUGGGGUUUUCUGGAAAGCAGUAAUCCACUUUUGUGGUGAACCUUUCAAGUGAUCUAAGGACCCAUUACCAGUUUACUUCUGGCACCAGAAAGGUGUUCACUAGGACUUCCCAUAGGUGUGUGAUGGAAAAAUAUGGCUCUACCCUAUGCAUAAUCCAUAUUUUUCCUGUGCUAAUAAGCACCCAUUCAACACAUUUCAGUCUAAUGGAAUGAUGCAUCUUACCACUUUAUUUCCUGCAUAUCCCCAAGUAAACAGACAUUACCACAGCUUACGUCCGCAUCUCAGUACCAUCCUCUUCUGUCUCUACCGAGCACAA